CUAUCUACAUUAACAUCAAUGACAAUAACUGUACUACGUUAUAUAUGUAAUAGUUCUCAUACAAAAUUUUUAAUAUAUCGUAAUAAAAACGUAUUAUUUUGAAGCAUUAAAGUGUUUUAUAUUUGUGUUUUAUAAUCAAUGAUUCAUAUAUUUUUAAAAUAUGUUUUUUCAAACAAUAUAGAAUAAUGCUUUUAAUUUUAUUUAAUUUUUGACAUUUCUCAAGUUUAGUCCCAACCUUAUUCCACGUAAACACGUCUAUGGAAAUUUAUAUAAUUCAAUAAUAACGACACGAUAUCAUAAAAUUUUAUCAAAAUGUUUAAAAAAUUUAAAGAUAAACUUGCAGAAGAAAUGAAACAAUCGCCUGCCAGAUUACAAGCAAGCAUGCAACAACUAGCACAGGCAGUUGUAUCACCUGCUUUAUCCAAUAGUUCGGUACAAGAAUUAUCUGCAUCUAAUGACAAUUUUAGUUUAACAGAAGAAGGAGAUGAAACUCCUAAAAAUAGUCCUGUCAAACAUGGUUUUCAAAAUGUAGAUUUAAUAUCACCUAUAUCAAAUUCCAUAGGUAUUUCAAGAAGAUCAUCAAUUAGUAGUAUUACUAGUGAUACUUCAUCUCUUUUUCCAAUUUAUGAAAGUCCUGCUAAUUUAUAUCAUUUACAGUCUGAUAUGGAUCAAUCUGCUAGUGAAAUAGAUGAAAAUAUAAAUUCACAAUUAGACAAAGUUACAAAAGAUCAAAUAUAUUCAGCAUAUCGAAAAGUACAAGCAAAAUAUCAUAAAUAUCGUGGAAGAUAUACUGAUUUAGCAACACAUUAUAAGGAAUUAGAAAGGAUAAAAAACAAAUUAGAAUCUGUUUUAGUAGAAACUCAAGAUAAAGUAUUAAGAAGAAUAGCUGAUUUAAAAGAACAAUGUCAGUUAGAACAACAAGCAAAAGCUCAUUUAGAAGAAGCAUUGAGAAAUGAUAUUGAAGAAAAAGAUCAUAUAAUUAAUACAUUAAAUACAAAGAUUAAACUUUUGCAAACAACUGGACCAAAUUUAGAAGCAUUAUCAGAUACUGAUCAUAAAACAAAUUUAAAAGAUAAUCUUAUUGAUCUAAGUACUGGAUCAUCAAUUAUUUCUGAUGAUCCAAUCAAUACUUUAUUAGUCGAAAAUACACAGUUAAAAGAUAAAUUAAAAAAAUUAGAAAAUGUUGUUCUCAAGUAUAAGGAAUCUUUGAAACGAAAUAAAGAAAAAUUUACUGAAGUAUUAACAGAAAAAAAUACAUUAGAAUCUGAUUAUGAAACAUUAAAAAUUUCAUAUGCAGAGAAAAAUAAAGAAUUAAAUUAUGCAUGUACAGAAAUUAAAAAUUUAACAGAUCAAAUGGUUAUUUUGAAAAAACGUGAAGAAGAAUCUGUAAUAUCUUUAGCUGAAAAUAAACUUUCAAUACAUAGAGAAUUGGAAGAUAAAGAAGAACAAAUUAAAAAACUACAAUUAGAUUUGAAACAUAUGACAGAAUCCAAAGAAAAUUUAACUGAAAUCAUUAAUAAAUAUAAAUUCGAAUUAGAAAAAUUAAAACUAACAUAUAAUAUUCAAAAUUCAGUUAGAAAAAAAGAAGUCAUACAAGAUAUUUCAAAUGGAAAAUCAGAAGCUUUAAAAUCAGUAGAACAAGAAAUGCAACAAAAAUUAAUUAAUUUGGAGGAAAAAAUAGGCUUAAAAUAUCAUGAAGAAGAUUGUAAUAAAGAAAAUAUAGAAAAAAGCACAAAAGUAUAUGAUACUGAAAUAUGUCAAAAUUUAAAAUCUAAAUUAGAUGAAAAAGAAAUUGAAUUUCAAGAGAUGAAAAAUAAAUUAGAAGAAUUACAAAAGCUUACUAAAAAAUAUCAAACAGAUAAAGAAGAUUUGUAUAUUGAAUUUUCUAACUACAAACUAAAAUGUACAGAACUUCAAAAUGAACAAGAUGCACAAAGAAUCAUUGCUGAAGAAAAAACAAAAGAAGCAGAAACAACAAUUGAAAAAUUACAAGCCACUAUACAAAGUCUUGAUAAAGAAUUAGAAAAUAUGAGAAAUGCUUUAAUUGAUAGAGAUAAAGUAUGUGAAAAUUAUAAUGCUAAAAUACAUGAAUAUGCAACAAUGUUGGAAAAAAUGAAAGAAAAAUUAUUAAUCCAAGAAGCUGAAAUGAAAAUUCUUAAAGAAAAAAUACAGGACAAUACAGAAACAAUUAAAUUAAACUAUGAAUUAGAAAAUAAAAAUACUGAGUUAUUAGGAGUAUGUAAAGAACUUGAAUCCUGUAAAUCUACUAUUUCUGAUCUUAACAACAAACUUCAAACAAAUAGUUCUAAUAUUGGUUUACUUUAUGAAGAAAAAAAUAAUUUAAUUAAAAAUAUUUUAAAUUAUAAAAUUUUUGCUAAAAAAUUAAAAGAAGAUAAUAUAUAUAUUAAAAGCAAUAUAAUGAAAUAUUUUACAGAAGUCAAUAAUGAAAUUUCUAUCUUAAAAAAUGAAUUUGAUGCUUUUUUAAACAAUAAUAUUAUUCAAAAUAAUGUAGAUUUCCAAAUUAAAUUGAAAGAAUUUGAAGAACUUAAACAAAAAUAUGACCAAUUACAAACUGAGUUAAAAGAUACUAUAUGUUUAAAAUCUAAUUUAGAAAUAAAUUUGGAAAAAUAUAAUAAGCAAUUAAAUGAUAUGUCCAUAAAAUUGGCGCAACAAUGCGAAAUUGAUUUAAAAAAUCGUAAACUUAUAGCUGAAAUUGAUAAUCUCAAUUUCAAAUUAUAUGAUUUAAGAAAUUUACCCGAACAAGUGAAAUUAUUAAUGAUAGAAUCUAAAUCUUUACAAGAAGAACUUAAUAAUGUCAAUACAAUGAAUCAAUUACUUUCAAAUGAAAUAUAUGAUUUAAAAAAUAAACUUCAGAAGGCAAAUAAUACUAUAAAAAAAUUAGAAGAAUUGGAACAGAAAUAUAUAGAAACCACAAAAACAAUUACAUUAUUAAAAUCUGAAAACUCUAACUGCAAUAAAUUAGAAGAAAAAAUAAAUACUUUACAAUUAGAAAUUAAAGUUUUACAUGAAAAUUUACUUGAAAAAGAAGUAAAAAUAAAUACUUUAAAUGAGGAAUUGGAAAAUAAAGAAAGCUGUUUAAUUAAUUUAAAAAUUAAAGAUGAAAAUCAUGAAAAAGAAAUUAUUGAACUUACAAAUUCAAAUAAAACUAUACAACAAACAAUACAAAACAAACUUUGUCAAUUAAAAAAAUUAAAAACUAUCAAACAACAACAAGAUAUUACAAUUCAAAAUCUAAAUGAUGAAAUUAAUGAAAUAAAAACUUUAAAUAUUAAAUUAUUAGAACAAGUAAAAACUUUGGAAAAUGAAAUGAAUAUGUUAAAAUCUGAAAACUGCCAAAUAGAAAUAUUAAAAAAUAAUAAUGCAACUAUUAGUUUUGAAUUAGAACAAUUAAAAUUAAUUCAAAAUGAAAUGAAUUUAGAAAAUAAAGAUUUAAAAGAUAAACAAAAUGAAUUUUUAAAGCAUAAUCAAGAAUUAAGUGAAUCUAAUGAAAAAUUAAAAGAAAAAAUUACAAAUUACGAAAAAUAUAAUCAACAAUUACAAAAUGAAAAACAAUUAGAAAAAGAAAUUGAAUCAUAUAAAAUUUCUUUAAAUGAACAAAAACAGCAUAUAGAAAACUUAAAAAAUCAAAUUGUAUUAUUAAAUUCGGAAUUACAAUGUAACAAUGAAAAAUUGAAUUUCCAAAUCAAGGAAUUAACAUCACAUAAAAAAAUAGAAGAGACUAAAGAAUAUCUAACAAAAGAAAAUGAAAACUUACAUAAUGAAAUAGAUAAGUUAAAUUUAACUUUAAAAAAUAAUAAUGAAAUAGAAGAAAAAAAUAAAGAACUUUUAAUGAAAUUAGAAUUUUCAAACGAAGAAGUUAAAAGAUUAAAAGUUGUUGAAGAAGAAAUUAAUAAUUUAAAUUUAGAAAUAAACAAUUUAAAUAUAGUAAAAGCUAAUUUAGAAGAGACACAAUUUCAAAAUAAUGAAUUAAUUAUUGAAAACCUAUCUUUGAAAAAUAAAACUACGGAAUUGGAAAAUGUAAAUACAAAACUUCAAUCUUAUGUAAAUAAUUUAGAAUCUAAGGUUUCCAAUUUAAAUCAAAUAGAAUGUGAAAAUAAUGAAUUAAAAAAUAAACUUGAUACAUUAACAACUACAAAUAAGGAAUUAUUAUUUGAAAUACAGAAUGAAAACAUAGAAAAAAAACAAUUAACUAAAGAAAUAGAUGAAUUAAAAGUUAUAAUAGAUGAAAAAGUAGCAGAAUUAAAAUUAUUAGAUACAAAAAAUAUGGAAUUAUUGAAAGAAAUUGAGAGAUUAAAAUUUUCAACCACUGAAGAAGAAACAAUGGCAGAAACAAAAAAAUCAACAAAUACAGUCAAACAUUUAAAAGAAACAAUUACUGAGUUACAAAAUGAAAUAAAAGUUCUUAGAGAAUCAAAUAUUGCAUUGAAUGAAGAGAUAAAAAAUAUAAAUAGUAAUAAAGUUGUAGAUGACUUUUCCAUACAAAAAAAUGAUAAAUUAGAAGAAGAAAAUAAAAAAUUAGAAGCACAACUAGAUGAAGCAUUAAUAACAUUCCAAGCAAAAGAAUUAGAAAUGCAAUUUAUUAGUAAUGAAUUGAAAAAUCAAGUAGAUAAUUUGAAACAAGAAUUGAAAAUAAAUGAAGAAGAACAAAGUAUGAGAUUAAAACAAUUAGUUAAGGAAUUUCAAGCACAAUUGCAUGAUAAGGAAGAAGAGCUACAUGCUGCCUUAGAAAAACGUUUUGAUCGCCAACAAAAUUAUGAAUCAAAUCUUAUACAACAAUACAAAGAACAAUUAAAAGAUUUUCAAAUAGAAUUGACAGCUAAAUCUGAACAAAUUGAGAAUUUAAUUUUAGAAAAUAAAAAUUUGAUGUCACAAAAAGCAAAAGAUAUAAAUCAGUUAAUGGAAAAGAUUACAAUAAUGAAGAAAGAUCAUACAGAUGAAAUUAAAGAAAUAGAAAAAAAAUGGAAAUCAGUUAUACAACAAAAAACUAAUAUAUUGGAAGCAAAGCAUGAGGAAGAAAUUAAUGAAUUAACGCGAGAAUGGCGAAAUGAAAGAAGGCCUGAUAUACAAACUGAUUUAGUUGAUAAGGAAUUAGAAAGCACUUCACAAGUUGCAAUGGCAGCUGUACAAUCAAAUACUGGUUCUUUCCACACACUUCAACAAACUCUAACAGCUCAAAGACGAGAAUUAGCUGAACUUCGAAAAUUAAUGAAGUUAAGACAUGAUACAUUAGAAGAUUCAACAGAAAUUGAAUAUCUCAGAAACAUUUUAUUUGAAUACAUGAUGGGAAGAGAAACAAUGGUGCUUGCUAGAGUGAUUGCUGCAGUUGUCAAAUUUGAUCAAGAACAAACAGCAAAAAUACUUAAAAAAGAAGAAGAUAAGAUGACAUUGCUUGGUUCUCUAGGUCUCACAUAGUGCAAAAUACU